CAAACAUCUCGCCGAAACCACGAAUCCUCAUCGACACAAACACCGCCGCCAUGCUUCCCGUCCGCGUCUCUCGCACCGCCCUGCCGGCCUUCCGCCGCUCGAUGCAGCGCCGGCUGCAGUCCAACGUCGGCACGCAGAACAACACCUUCAACAAGGAGCGCCAGGCCGUGAAGGACCACGCUGCUGCGACCAGUGACCUCUGGCGCAAGCUUUCCAUCUACGUUGUCAUUCCCUCCCUUAUUCUCGCCAGCGUCAACGCAUACCGCCUAUGGAACGAGCACUGGGAGCACGUGGCUCAUGGCCCAGCCCUUGAGGACAAGGUUGAAUACGCAUUCCAGAACAUCCGCACCAAGAACUUCUUCUGGGGAGACGGUGACAAGACUGCCUUCUGGAACCCAAAGGUCAACUACCACAAGCCAGCCGACGAGUAAAUUACGCAAACGCCAAAUCGAACCGAUUUUCCUUGAGUACGAAUGAAGAGACGAGAGCCGUGUGCGAGCGGACAACAAAGGAGUUGGCUUGGAGUUGAAGGUGGAUGUGUACAUAUAGUACUCCCAAAUGCAUCAUUCGAAGACAUAC